AUGGCACCCGCCGCCCAGCCGCCGCGGUGGCUGCCGGGAUGCGCCGCAGCGAAUGGUCGCGCCGGGCGCCGCUUGGAGUGACCUUUCACCCGCGCCCAGCGGUCCCGGGCGGCGGCACAAGGCGGAAGCUAUGGCGGAGGCGGCGGCUGCAGCGGGCGGGACUGGCGCGGGCGCGAGCUCCGGUUCUGGAACGGUCCGAGAUCGCGACCCGGAUCGCGCCGGGCGGCGGCUGCGGGUUCUCUCGGGGCAUCUGCUGGGUCGGCCGCAGGAGGCUCUGAGUACCCAUGAGUGCAGAGCGCGGAGAGCCGCUACUACGGCCACGGCCACGGCCACGGCCACGGCGGCGCCCACGACCACUCCCGCCGUGCAGGAGUCAGGCACCAUUCCAAAGAAGCGCCAAGAAAUCAUGAAAUGGAAUGGCUGGGGAUACAAUGAUUCCAAGUUCUUCUUCAAUAAGAAGGGCCAAGCUGAAUUGACUGGGAAAAGGUAUCCUCUUAGUGGCAUGGUUUUACCAACUUUUAAAGAGUGGAUCCAAAACACCCUUGGAGUAAGUCUGGAGCAUAAAACUACCUCUAAAGCAUCUUUAAAUCCUAGUGAUACACCUCCUUCUAUUGUAAAUGAAGAUUUUCUUUGUGAACUUAAAAAAACUAAUAUUUCAUAUUCACAAGAAGCAGAAGAUCGGGUAUUUAGAGCUCAUGGUCAUUGUCUUCAUGAGAUAUUUUUGCUCAGGGAAGGAAUGUUUCAGCGAAUUCCUGAUAUAGUUUUAUGGCCAACAUGUCAUGAUGAUGUAGUUAAGAUUGUGAAUCUAGCAUGCAAAUAUAACCUUUGUAUCAUACCAAUUGGUGGAGGAACAAGUGUUUCGUAUGGCUUGAUGUGUCCUGCUGAUGAAACAAGAACGAUUAUUUCUUUGGACACUUCACAAAUGAAUCGAAUCCUCUGGGUUGAUGAGAACAAUCUGACAGCUCAUGUAGAGGCUGGUAUUACAGGACAAGAGUUGGAAAGACAGCUUAAGGAAAGUGGUUAUUGUACAGGUCAUGAACCAGAUUCCUUGGAAUUCAGCACUGUGGGAGGAUGGAUUUCAACUCGGGCUUCUGGCAUGAAGAAGAAUAUAUAUGGCAAUAUUGAGGACCUGGUGGUUCAUAUAAAAAUGGUAACACCUAGAGGUACAAUAGAAAAAAGCUGUCAAGGACCUCGUAUGUCAACAGGCCCUGAUAUCCAUCACUUCAUCAUGGGAUCUGAAGGAACUCUUGGUGUAAUAACAGAAGCUACAAUAAAAAUCAGACCAGUUCCGGAAUACCAAAAGUAUGGUUCAGUAGCUUUCCCUAAUUUUGAACAAGGAGUGGCCUGUUUAAGAGAAAUUGCAAAACAGAGAUGUGCUCCUGCAUCCAUUCGCCUCAUGGACAACCUGCAAUUUCAGUUUGGUCAUGCUCUUAAACCUCAGGUUUCCUCUAUCUUUACAUCAUUUUUGGAUGGAUUAAAAAAGUUUUAUAUCACAAAGUUUAAAGGAUUCGAUCCGAAUCAACUAAGUAUAGCUACAUUGCUGUUUGAGGGGGACCGUGAGAAAGUUCUUCAACAUGAAAAACAAGUUUAUGACAUUGCUGCAAAAUUUGGUGGGUUGGCUGCUGGAGAAGAUAAUGGUCAGAGAGGUUAUUUACUUACAUAUGUCAUUGCAUACAUUCGAGACUUGGGUUUGGAAUACUAUGUAUUAGGAGAAUCUUUUGAAACUUCUGCUCCUUGGGACAGGGUUAUAGAUCUUUGCAGAAACGUAAAAGAAAGAAUAAGAAGGGAAUGCAAAGAGAGGGGUGUUCAGUUUGCUCCUCUUUCCACAUGCAGGGUGACUCAGACUUACGACGCAGGUGCAUGUAUCUACUUCUAUUUUGCCUUUAACUACAGGGGAAUUAGUGACCCACUAGCUGUGUUUGAACAAACUGAGGCAGCUGCUAGAGAUGAAAUCCUUGCUAAUGGAGGAAGCCUGUCGCAUCAUCAUGGAGUGGGCAAGUUACGGAAGCAGUGGCUAAAGGAAAGUAUCUCUGACGUCGGCUUUGGGAUGCUGAAGUCUGUCAAGGAGAGCUGUUUAGUCUUCUAUGAAUCUGAAGCAUUUCCUUUUAAACCUUGGAAGAUCCUGAAAGAACAGCACUUAUCGUGCCCUUCGAACCACAGCAACUCAUUUCUGAAACGAGAGUAAGAACCCCUGGUAUACGGAACAUUCAAACCAAAGAGCUGUCACAGACUUCAGUAACUUCACUUCUGUCAACAUGAAAAAUUUUUUUCCGUUCCCAAGGGAGAUUAUUUUGUAUAUUUUUUUCAUAUGAAGAAAAUAAUAUAUCAUUAAGAACACUUCAGGAACCCUGAAUUUCAAAUCUGAAAGGGAAGGAAAAAGAGUUUGUUUACAUGAAGCAUUGUUUUUAAGGCAUCAUAGUGUUUUUCAUGAAUAUCACAUGUGUCGCAUGAAACAUAUUUUUAAUUCUUAGAGGAAUCUGACAUAUCCCAAAAGGAUAUAGUACUUAUACUGCUUUACAGUUUCCAUAGUUGGUUAAUUUUUGAGCAAACUUCAACAAUAUCUCUGCCCCCUCAAAAAAAAAAAAAAAACUCACAGUGCCUUGCUGGGAUUUUCUUGUUUUUUUGUUUUUUCAUGAAUUAGCAAUUUAAAAUGGGUAGGGGAGGAUAAGUCCCUAAAGACAGUUAUCAGUUCAUGGCUAUUCCUCUUUUAGAACAUAUUAGGAAUUAGGUAGUUGUUUGCAGAAACGAUGAUAAGCCUUUCCACAAUGUUGAUUUGGAUCCUCUUCUAACAUACCCAACUCCUUGUGUUGUUGACUUGCACACUCACAUACACACCUAUGAAAUUUGUACCUGUAUUGCAUUCCUGCAUUUUCAUUUCCUACCCAGCCUCAUGGUCCUGAGGUGUGGCCGGAUGGAUGUGGCACACUCACCAAGCACUGAGACAUUGUCCCCUGCUUCUGGAGAUGGGCUCCCGCUGCCCCCACCCCAUGGAGCACAGCCUGGAAGCAGCGGUUCUAUUUCUUAUCUUGUGUGUCAGUCCUUUUUUGUGUGUGAUAGUGCCUUCAGAAUAAUGAAUAUUUCUGUUCCUGGAUAGUGAUCAAUAGUAGGAGAUAUUUGUGUAGGUGAUAGUAACUUUUGUCCUUUUAAGCCUGUGAAAUACUUGGUCUCUGAUACAACUUGAGUAAUGUCUUAUCCUGAGUCUUCCUCUAAGGCAGUACAUACCCCUGCCAGUACUGUAGUAAUCUUUUGGGAACUACACAUGGGUAAGCUCUUGUAUGUAAGCCAUGUACUGCUGUAACUGAUGCAUACAAACAAUUCUCUUUACAUUUACAGGCUAAAAGUGGACAUGUGGUAGGAAGGAAAAUUCCUCAGAGAUUCAAGCAUACCUUUGUCAAUUAAGACUGAGCCAUACUGUUUUCCACAAGGGCUCAACAUAGUCUCUAUUCUGUGCUCUAUUCAGUGUAUGUAGGAUUCUGAUUUUACUGGUUUUCUUAGACUGUGUUGUCUAUUAAGCAAAUGCCCAUGAGUGAUUUUUAAGAUGUGCUGGGAACAAAUAAAGCACUACCAAAACCAGUCUUUGUUACAGAAAUGGGUGUUUAUUUCAUCUUGAUUCCCUUUUCUCUUUGUUGAUGCAUCACGCUGGAGACUGAGAAAAUGGCAUACCCCC